AUGUCUGUGAACGAUCCCAACCCUGGCAGGAGUCUAGGUCUUUCUAUAAAGAAUCUUUUUCGUCCCUCGUCUUCUACGUCCUCUUCACCGUCGCCGCGACGCAGGGUUUCUCUUUUCCGUCGCCGUCGAAGCGUCUUUUCGCAAAAAACUCCUGAUCCUAAUCCUGACCCUGAACCCAUCAAUCGCCCCUCGUCCGGGACCCCUAUGGAACCAAACAACACCCAAUUCGACCCAGCUACGAUGUUUGGGAUCUCAGAAGUCUCGCAAGGCAGCUCGGGGGACAGUUUUGACCUUUGCGACUGGUUUUCGCGGUAUCAGAACUGCCAGCGUUAUUUCCUAGACCAUGCCCAACACAGUGGUCCCGUCCAGGGUCUCUCUGCGUUCCUGAACAUUCGACUCCCUUUCCAACGUCAACCCAAUCCCAUCUUCAAUUCCGCCUCGUCGAUUCCUACUCUUCCUCCCGGACAGGCUACACCUUCUUCCUCUUCGCCUCUACCGCCGUCCGUCUCCCUCAUCCCCUACAUCAGACGUCUUGUGGCUACAGGAAUGGAUUUCCCCGGGGUGCUUCAGGGGUUCUUUGGCGACGAUUGGGGGCCAGGCAUUGGGCCGCUACAUGAGCAGGAGCGUCGCAAUUACCUAUUCGCAGCCAAAAGUGGUGGGUGGGCAGGGGCGAAGAAGGAUUACGACAUGCCGCCGCAAGAGACUAUUCCUUUCUUUCGGCCGCUCCAGGGACCGUUGGACCCUGAAAUUGAGGCGGCCGAAAGGAGCUGGAGCGAGUGGUUGGCUAUGGAGGAUUGGAUGGUUGGGCCGCGAGCGCCCGAUCUGGAUUCGUCUUCUGCAUCGCAUCGACGAAGUUCUCGGGGGUAG